AGCAUAUUUCUUUUCUGUUCUAUUUCUAGCCCCUCAUGUUUGGGUUUCUAAAUUCAGUAUGAUCUGUUAAAAUAUCAGAAAGCUUUAGAGCAGAAAGGAACUGAGAAUAUCUUUAGAAAGGGACAAGAAAAACUGUGGGCCUAUGAUAUAACUGUCAUUUAAAUGUGGUUUAACCGCAAUGAACCGGAAUGCAAUCACAAUCCGACGCCUAUUUGAUCAACAAUGCCUGAAAAGACCCACGACCGAGAAAUGGCUGGGAGUUUCGAAAUUCUCCACCCAACCAUCAGGGAAAGUUGCCGAUCGCUAUGGGAAAUAUCUUGUAAUAUCAUCCCUUGCGCUUGGUGGUGCGUUAUAUUAUUCUUCAUUGGAUCCCCGUACCCAGCGAAAGCUGCGGGGAACGUUUGACGGGUUUCGGAGAUUUUUCAGGACCGUUUGGACGGGAAGCCUGACCGCCAUUGACUAUAAAUGGAAUUUGUGGGGUUUAAAAGAGGAUGACGAAGUUUAUAACAAAGCGAUAGCCGGUUGCCAUGAGCGAGCUGCAGAUAGAGUUCUGGCCACAUUGCUAAGAAAUGGCGGAUUGUAUAUUAAAAUGGGCCAGGCUGUCAGCGCCGCCGGAAUGGCUAAUAUGGUUCCGAAGGAGUUCGCCACAAAGCUGCAAGUGCUGCAGGAUCAAGCGCUCGUUAUGCGUCCCGACGAGCUGGACGAUUUAUUCCUGGAGGAUUUCGGCGCCGCGCCAGAGGACUUGUUUUCCUCUCUCAACCGCACACCCAUCGCCGCUGCCAGUCUAGCGCAAGUAUUUCGAGCAACGACGAAGGACGGCAUGGAUGUGGCUGUUAAAUGUCAGUAUUUGGAUCUGCGCGAUCGCUAUGACGGCGAUAUUCGCACGGUGGAAAUGGUGUUCAAUGUUCUGCACUGGUUGUUCCCGCAGUUCAUGGGUCACUGGAUAUUUGGCGAAGUCAAAGGGACAUUAGCGAUGGAGCUAGACUUCGUUAACGAAGGAAGGAAUUCUGAAAAGUGUGCAAGAGAUCUCUCGCAUCUUCCUUUUCUUUAUGUUCCUAAAGUUUUAUGGCAGCUCACCAGCGAUCGUGUAUUGACUACGGAGUUUAUUGAUCAUGCUGCUAAGAUAACGGAAGUUGAUAAAAUACGCAAAAUGGGAUUGUCCGUCGCGGAUGUGAAUAAAAAUUUCCUAACCAUUUUCGGUGAGCAAGUCUUCCGAUCCGGAUUUGUGCAUGCCGAUCCACACCCCGGAAACAUAUUUAUCCGACCGGAUAAAUCUGGCCACGCACAGAUCGUCCUACUCGAUCAUGGUCUAUAUGAAACAAUCCCUGAAGAUGUUCGCAUAAGUAUUUGUCACAUAUUUAAAGCGACAGUUCUGGCGGAUCACACGGAAAUGCAGUUAUACAGCGAUAAGAUUGGCAUGCCAGAUUACAAACUGUUUGCGUCCAUACUGGUCGGUCGCCCCAUAGGACAGGGCAAAAAAGUUUUACUUGGUCUUAAGAAGGAAUUCAGCAAAGCUGACAUGGAGGCGUUUCGGGCCGAAAUGGAGGGAAUGGUGGAUAAAAUCCAAGCAACCGUAAAGGCGAUGCCGAAGUCGCUAUUUUUAGUGAUGCGAAAUAUGAAUCUUGUGCGAGCCAUUUGUGUUGUCCAUGGGAACCCCCACGAUCGGUAUACGAUGUUUGCGCGAUUGGCAGCGCAGGCUGUUAUGGACGAUACUGGUGUCAGAACCCCGUCGCUUAAGAAUUCUGCCGCUGCGAUAUCGGAGCGAUUGCAUUUUGAAUGGAAGCUUUUAAUGCAUUACGUUUAUGGGAGAAUGUUUUUAUUUAUUGUUAAAAUUUUGACUGUUUUGGGCGUUGGGCCGUUUUCUUCCGGUUUUGGACCACCUGGAAAUUUCGGAAAGCCUGGUGAAAUUUGAACAGUAUUUAUGGGUUGCGCUUAUUGAAUAAAUUGAAUACUGGAAAAA